AUGGAUGCAAUAUUAUCCCGACUGAAGCAGCUCAGCCCUGAUGAGCUUAGAGAAGAAAUUAUAAGAGCAGGCCUGAAAUGUGGGCCCAUUACCUCAACAACUAGGUUUAUUUUUGAAAAAAAACUGGCUCAAGCAUUGUUGGAGCAGCAUGGAGCACUGGGGGAGAAAGGAUCUGCUCUAUCAGAGGAGGCUGCUGGAAAUGUCCCAUCCAAUGGUGGCCGGGCAAGAGCACUGAAGACUUUGAAUCACAAUGGUCAUGAAAGUGUUUCUGAGGAGGCAGAUUUUGGGUACUGUGUGGGUGUGAACCCUCCAGAAGAAGAUGCUGUGAUGCACAUGAACUGCUCGGCUCCAGUUUGUGGAGCAGGAUGUGUGGAUCCACAAAGUAGUACUCAGACACCGUCCAGAGAUCCGCCGCUGUUCUAUGGCGUGUGUCCAGUUUAUGAUGACAUAUUGGCAAGGAAUGAGAAAAUACAUGUUUAUGAAGAUAAAAAGGAAGCUCUCCAAGCUGUUAAGAUGAUCAAGGGUUCCCGUUUUAAAGCUUUUUCAAACAGAGAGGAUGCUGAGAAAUUUGCUAAAGGAAUCUGUGACUAUUUCCCAUCUCCAAGCAAGUCCUCUCUAUGUUUGUCUCCAGUGAAAAUGGGAGCAUUUAACAGAGAUGGCUUGUGCUCUCCUGAGACUGAAACUGCUAAUAAGGAGAGAGCCAACAGUUACAAAAGUCCACGUACUCAGGAUCUUACUGCUAAACUUCGGAAAGCUGUUGAGAAAGGAGACAUAGCAACAUUUUCAGAACUUAUUUGGAGCAACCCUCGCUAUCUGAUUGGGUCGGGAGACAAUCCAACAGUUGUACAGGAAGGGUGUAGGUACAAUGUCAUGCAUGUAGCUGCCAAGGAGAACCAACCUGGUAUCUGCCAGUUAUUACUGGACACUUUGGAAAAUCCUGAAUUUAUGCGGCUUAUGUACCCGGAUGAUAAUGAUGUGAUGUUGAAGAAUCGUAUCCAAUACAUUGUUGACCUUUACCUUAACACACCAGAUAAAGCUGGAUUUGAUACUCCUUUGCAUUUUGCCUGCAAGUUUGGGAAUUUGGAAGUUGUUAAUGUGCUUACCUCACACCCAGCUAUUGUAAAAAAUCCAAGAAACAAAUAUGAUCAAACUCCAGCAGAAGUAGUUUGUGAAAGAAGCAAAAAUAAAUCUGCUGAAUUGAAAGAAAAACUCAGAGAGUACUUGAAAGGUCGAUACUAUGUACCACUCUUGAGAGCAGAAGACAAUUCCUCAGCUCCUGUUAUUGGUGCCCCAUGGUCACCAGAUCAGACAGAUGAUAACCCCCAAAAGACUUUAUCUCAAUACACUGGCAGCCCAAAAGAUCCAGUGUUGUCCAUAAGAGCUUUUGCUGGCCCCAUGAGCCCCUCAAAGGCUGAAGAAUUUCGCAGGCUUUGGAAGACUCCACCUCGAGAGAGAGCUGGCUUCUUCCACAAUGUCAGGAAGUCUGAUCUGGAGAGAGGGGUUGAAAGAGUUGGAAGGGAGUUAGCUCAUGAACUGGGGUUCCCGUGGGUUGAAUACUGGGAAUUUCUGGGCUGUUUUGUUGAUCUGUCUUCCCAGGAGGGGCUGCGAAAAUUAGAAGAGUACCUGAGUCAUCAGGAAAUGAGCAAAAAGGCUCAGCAAGAAACAGGGGAAAAUGAAACCUGCAAUAGAUACAAAACUCCACAUCCUUCUGGCAAGAGUAAAAAGUCCUGCAAUUCGAUUUCUGUUGGAGCAUUUUUGGAUGAGGAUGAUGAUGACAUGAGCUUAGAGGAAAUUAAAAACAGACAAAAUGCAGCACGGAAUAUCAGCCCACCAAUUGUGUCCAAAGAGCCCAACAUUGAUGCCAUUGGAGAUGCUGAGUGUGAUAUCCUGUCAAUGGAGUGCACAGUAAACAGGAUAGAAGCAUCAGGUCACCCCAGGCACUGUGAAAAGGCAGGUUCUUCCAGCAAAAAUGGAUUUUGUAACUCUGUGUCUGGUGAGAGGAUCCUGAGGGACAGAAAGCAUUUGCAUGAGGGAGGAGUGUCGCCUGUUUGCAAUUUGAUGUCAGAAUUUGAAAGCCUGUCUUUCCAAGAACAAGGGGUUGCAGGGGGAUCAAGUAAAAUCACUGAAAAAACUGACAAUGAGAGGAUUCUGGCUGAAGGAACAAGUCAGGUGAGAAUAUCCAAGGACCAUCUGGAUAAGACCUGCUAUGCAGUUUCACCAGCAAGUUGUUCUGAGCCAAGUGUUACGGGUAAACCUGGAGAGACCAAGUUAAGGACAGAACACAAAAUAACAAGAAAAAAGGAAAGACUAUCCAUGGAACCUGGAAUUCAGACCAAGGAGGCACAACAACAUCAAGAUCUGUCUUCACAGAAAUUUCAUCUGAAGGCUUCACCCACAAAUGGCAGUUCUAUGAAGUUAUUCCUGCUUGGGGAGCAGCCCUCAAAGCUGGACAGUGAUGUAUUAGCAGCUAUAGAGGCAGCAGAGAUUGAUCCACAGAAACACCCCCUCAUUUCCAGAUGGAAACAUGCAGUGCAGUCCUACUCUUCAGCUGACAGGCAAAGUUGGCCAAGUCCAGCACUGAAGGCAAGAUUCAAGUCCCAAACCACUGCCACUGGCCUUCCAAAUGCUUCAGCCUAUUCUCAUUCAGAAAGAAAUAGUCCUGUACCAGGAAGUCCAGGAAAAUACAGCAAUGCUGCCUCCUUCUCUGCAGACCCUGGGAGUCCUGGGCGCUACAGCCCAGCUUAUGUCAACCACGCCCUGUUAAAGCUGCGUUACUUUUCAGAGUCUCCUGCCCAAUAA